AUGACUUGUCAGCCACGUUUGCUAAAUAUCGCUCGUCUCUUUACAGGUUCCGACCACGGUUGCAGCUGCGGCGCCUCUUGCCAGUGCCCUGCCGGCCAGUGCAAGUGCCCGGUAUGUUCACCUGCAUCCCUUUCAGGUCAAAUGAUGAUAUACCCGAAUCUGGCAGGCUGA